GCCGUCGGAGGUGUGCGCCCCGGGCUUGCCUCGCCGUCGCUGCCCGCCCCAUUCCUGCAUCCCCCGCCCUCCGCCUUGGCCCGGGGCCCAGCCGCUCUCCCUGCUCUCCUCCCUUAUACCACCCCCGGGUUUCUGCCGUCGAGGCCCCGGGGCCAGGCGAACGAUGCCGUCGGAGAGCGGAGCUGAGUGCCCGGACCAGGCGGCAGCGCAGGUGGGGGCGGCUGCAGCCUCGGCGGUGGCCGCGGUGGCCACGGCUGCCGCGGCAGGCGGCGGCCCCGACCCGGGGACCUCCUUGGCCUCCCUGGGACGGCACCUGAGCGGGCUGAGCUGGCCGCAGGUGAAGCGGCUGGACGCGCUGCUGAGCGAGCCCAUUCCCAUUCACGGGCGCGGCAACUUCCCCACGCUGAGCGUGCAGCCCCGGCAGAUCGUGCAGGUGGUCCGAAACAGCUUGGAAGAACAGGGACUACACGUGCACAGCGUGCGACUGCACGGCUCAGCUGCCAGCCACGUGCUGCAUCCUGAGAGUGGCCUGGGCUACAAGGACCUGGACCUGGUGUUCCGGGUAGACCUGCACAGCGAGGCAUCCUUCCAGCUGACCAAGGCGGUGGUGCUGGCCUGCCUGCUGGACUUCCUGCCAGCCGGAGUGAGCAGGGCCAAGAUCACGCCACUGACACUCAAGGAGGCAUACGUGCAGAAGUUGGUGAAAGUGUGCACGGACACCGACCGCUGGAGCCUCAUCUCACUGUCUAACAAGAGUGGCAAGAACGUGGAGCUCAAGUUUGUGGACUCCGUGAGGCGCCAGUUCGAGUUCAGUAUAGACUCCUUUCAGAUCAUCCUCGACUCCCUGCUGCUCUUUGGCCAGUGCUCAUCCACACCCAUGUCUGAGGCCUUCCACCCCACCGUGAUGGGGGAGAGCCUGUACGGGGACUUCGCCGAGGCCCUAGAACACCUGCAGCACCGGGUCAUUGCCACGCGCAGCCCCGAGGAGAUCCGAGGUGGGGGCCUGCUCAAAUACUGCCACCUCCUCGUGCGGGGCUUCCGGCCGCGGCCCAGCACUGACACGCGAGCCUUGCAGCGGUACAUGUGCUCCCGCUUCUUCAUCGACUUUCCCGACCUGGUGGAACAGCAGCGCACGCUGGAGCGCUAUCUAGAGGCCCACUUCGGCGGGGCUGAUGCCGCCCGCCGGUAUGCCUGUCUGGUGACGCUGCACCAGGUAGUCAACGAGAGCACCGUGUGCCUCAUGAGCCAUGAGCGCCGCCAGACGCUGGACCUCAUUGCCACACUGGCACUCCAGGCGCUGGCUGAGCAGGGCCCUGCUGCCGCGGCUGCCCUGGCCUGGCGCCCUCCGGGCCCUGAUGGGGCUGUACCGGCCACUGUCAAUUACUAUGUGACCCCCGUGCAGCCUCUGCUGGCUGGGGCCCACUCCUCCUAUCCCACCUGGCUGCCUUGCAACUGACUGGACUCUGGCCAGAAGGGGCAGGGGGUUCUGGGGUGGGGUGGGGACACUAGGAGCAUGUGGAGGUUAUGAACAGAGAUGGGCUACCUGUGCUGGCUCACCCAGCACUGCUGCAAGGUUGGGCCUCCAACUGAGCAGAAUAGACUUCCCUGAGGCCUCUGUGGGCUGAAGGCCAAGCUGGGGCUCUUGGUAGGGGUACCCUUUGGCCAUUGCACCCUAUUAUUAUUUUUUUUUUUUAGAAUGUCAUGAUUGUGGCGUGCAGGAACUACUUGUCCUGAGAGUCAGUUGCCUCCAGGAGACAAAGCAAAUUUGACUGAUGGCCUCCAUGCUCAGAACCUUGGGUUGAUUUCCAUGGCCUAGAAAGGGUCCUUUGGACUAGGGCCAGCCCACACACUGGCUAAAUACAGUAUGUAACUAGCCAGGGUGGGCCGCAGCCCACGCCUCUCCCCGUGUAACACACCCCCUCCCUUGUGUUGUGAGAAUCCUUGCGGUCUGGGAGCAGGGUGCUGAGCUCAAAUGUGUCACAACUGAGUUGAGCAGUCCCUGCCCCACUGGCUUGGUUAUAGGACCAUCACAUUGUCACAUGGGGAGGGAGCCCCCCCCCUUUUCUAUUCCUCUGGAUUUGUUGCUAUUUUGCACUCUUAACCACCCACCAAUAAAGAUUGUCUACACUG